UUUUUCUUUAGUAAGAGCUCCAAUGGUAUAUGAUUUUAGCAACCAUUUUCAGUUCGAGUUUGUAUUUCGUUUGAUGCGAAUGGCAGGCGGUUGAUAGUGUCGCGCGAUUAAGCGACUUUUUUCUAGUAUACAGUGCUAUAAAAUUUUUCAAUAACAAGUGGUGUGAAGAGAUAUACAGAUUAAAAAGCAACACUUGAAUAUGUUAUUUUACUUAUUUUUCGGCGUGAAAAGUGUUUUAUUUAAGAUUGAAAAAAGCAAACGAGCGGUGUAUUUUGAUGUGAAAGUUACGAACUCAUUGUAAAUAUUAAGCCGAUUAUAAUAAAAAACUUUAAGCAAAUAUAAAGAAUAACAUCGUUGAAUAAUUAGAUAUAUGGAGUAAUAAAAUUGAUACAUAAAAGUUGAUUGAAAAGAGCAAAAAAUUAAAUUGCAAAGUGAAAUUCAAGUGUCUGGAAGUAAUCGGUUUCAUACCUAAAUAUGUAUAAGAGGUUAUGAACGAACCUAAAAGUUUGCUAAAUGGAGUUGUGCGAAUAUUUUGAAAGCAAAGCUAAAAUUAAUAUAUGUACCUAAAUAUAAGACGAAAAGCAAAUGUCUAGUGAAUGUGCAUAAUCAAUUAAUAAUUUUUAAUGAAUUUUCCCGGAAAAAAUUCGAUUUAAAACAUAGUAGAUAAGUGGAAAUCGUAUAGUGAGCCAGUACCUAACUAAGAUGAAUUUCUGAAGCAUAAAAAAAUCGAUCUAUCGAAAAUAAAACAAAACUGCUUCAACUGACAUUUUUUCGUGCAAGAAUUGUAUCAGUUCAGAUCAUUAAAUUUUAGUUUUGAUAAAGUCGUAAGCAAAACGAUUUUAAAAACACGUCGUGCACAAUCCCUUGUGGAUACGCUCCAGGGGGACAUCUAAGUUGCAGCUAACAGAUGAACCCCAUAUGUCAAUUGCUGCAGCCGAAAAUGCAGGGCUUGGCCCGUGUGACCUACCAGAUCCUUGGGUAUCAAACACCUCCAACAACAACAAUAAUAACAGUAUCAGCGUUAUUACCAACAACACAGGAACCUUAUCCUUGUUAUCAACAUUGUCAACAAGUGCAACAACUUCCUCAAAUACGGCUGCCCCUGUCAAUAUCGACAGCAACAUUAACAAAACUUGUGUAUUUUUCAAGAACAAGAAUAAUAGUACUGCAACCACUGCCCACAAAUCGGCGAUCCCUGACGGCAAGUCAACAACAACCUCUAGUAGCCUCAUCUACAAGCUGCCUUUAUUAUCGCCAGCCGCUGCAACAGCUGCAGUUUCUGUUUCGAAAGCGGACAGCGGCAGCGUGGUAACGGCAUCAUUGGAGGGCCUAGCACCCUCGAUACCGAGUGGUGCUAUCCUCAGUGCUACCGGUACUGGUAGAGUAGAGGGCAUUCCUGCUUUACUGUCAGCGGUGACAUCCUCGUCUGUUUCCGGUAGCAUCGGUGUUGUACAAACUACAGCUGCACCACUUCAGGCCAACAACAACACCCCUGACAGUAGAAACCAACUGUUAUCGUUGCAGCAACAAGUACAAUUACGGGCGCAGAACCAAUUACUACAGCAAAGCGAAAACAAGCUCAAUAUUAACCCAAACAACAACAAUACGUUAUUGACUCACCACAGAAAUAGCAGUAAUUAUAAUACAAAUUUGCGACAAAAAACUGCCCCAACUGCAAGUUUAGCCACCGUGUUGCAAAACUCCAUCAAUAUGAAUGCUGUAGCAUCGCCGAUCUCAAAUAAUUCAACUACGCCGACUCGAAAAGUUAGACGGAAAACUGAUCCGAAAGCCAAUUUGCCACAAUCGCAGAUUAAUAAAUGCAACAAUGAGAAGCGGCGCCGUGAACUGGAAAAUAAUUAUAUUGAGCAAUUGUCCGAGUUUCUGCAACUCAAUAAACGUGGUGACAUGGCCUCAACGAAACCGGACAAAGCAGCUAUAUUGAAUCAAGUGGUCAAAACGUAUCGUGAAUUUUGUGACAAAGGCCAAAGUCGUGAUAUUUCCUCUUCUACAUCAACAACCCCUUCUUCAGUGACCAACGCAACGCUACCGAAUAACAAUAACAACAACACGAACUCCACUUCAUCCAUUAAGAACAAUAACAACAAAAAUAAUGCAACCUCAACACAUUGUCCACGUUGUGCGACCGACAAUUGUUCCAUACAUCCCGUUCAACAGGGUGACGUCUCAUCGACGGAACCUCCACUGCCGGAGCCGUCACUAUUAAAUGGGCAGGUGCCAGAAAUAUCUGCCUACUUUGAGGCUCUAGAACAUUAUCUUUCUUCGGUUGAUUGGGUGCUCUUGCAAGUCACAGCGGACGGCAUUAUCGAAUCGUGCACGCAGAAUAUACGCGAACUUAUUGGAUAUGACAAGCAAGACUUAUAUCGUAAACCACUUUACCAUUUUUUAAAUCCUGGUGACCAUGCGAAGCUCGAUCCAAUAAUAAAUAAUAUGCCGUAUGGUGGUGGCGGUGACGGCAACACAAGCGGUGGCGUUGGUGGCAUUGAUUGUGGAAGCGUCUGGGCGGAUCAGGAUGAUGGAAACAGCGGUACCAGUUCCCAACAUUCGACUGCAACGUUCGGACCAGGGGGUCCUAAGGCAAAACGUAAUGUAGCUGCGAAAGUACGAAUGCUAGUCAAAGAUAUGCGUUCGGCUACGCAAACAACAGCUAGUGCUUCGAUGACCCACCAGAACGAUGCAAUGGACCAAAAAACUAUCCGGCAGCAUAUACAAUUUGAGAAGUACGAGGAAGUUAUGCUGCUGGCAACACCGAUGAAGGAUGAUGGUGAUUCAACCUCGUCUAUCUUGUGCUUAAUCACAAGGCCCGAAGACGAGCCAGCUAUACAACAAAUUCAACCGCAGCCUAUCGAGCAUUUGACAUUUAAACUCGACGUUCAUGGCAAGAUUCUCAAUUUAGAUGCUACCGCCCUUCGCGAACCAUAUCGCCAGCAUCUCAGCAGUUGGUUGGGACGUCUUUUGCAGGAUAUUUGUCAUCCACAAGAUCUAAUAGCGCUCAAGACGCACUUGCGAGAGGUACAGGAGUCUGCUACAUCGGUGCAUCUGAUGAAUACGCCAGCUGCGCAGUCACCCGGUGGUACUCCUGCAACGCUCAUUAAUCCUCCCAUCGCGAAUGUUAUGUCACGUCCGUUCCGAUUGCGACUCGGUGCACCAGAUGUUUAUGUACAUGUAAAGGCCAAUUCACGACUUUUUCUGAAUCAAUCGCAAACUGAGGGUGAUUAUAUCAUGUCCUUACAAACAAUCCUUAAUUCGGAUAACGAUGUUGUUGGUGGAACUGUAAACAAUAGUUUAAACAUUAGCAGUAUCGGUGGCGUUGGCGUUAUGCCGCCUAGCGGCUUGUCUGCAAUGGCAUCCAGUCCUUCGCUUGUCUCACCACUUUCGCUGCCGUUAGACUCUCUUGUGAACAGCAAUUCGUCCUGUUCUUCGACUUCGGCUUCGGCUUUGAUGGGAGUAGCCACCAGUACCCACUUGCUUGGAGGAUUAGUUGGUGGCGGCGGAAUGCCACCACAUACCACGCAAACCACCAACGUAGGCGGGCCCCUAAUGACGUCGGCGGUUAUAAAUGGGACUGGUAAUGGACCACAGCGAAGUAAUACAGUUGCAGCAACAUCGGCAUCCACUUCGAAUAAUUCCACACUCGUCAACUCGUUUACAGCAUCACCUGCUGGCCCCGAAGCAACUAUCUUCUAUAGCGCCGAUCCUUUCGAUUUUGACUUGGCACAUUCCAGUUUUGAAAUGGACGCAACUGGCUGGACCGACUCGCGUCCAAAUUCUCGCGCCUCUGUCAGUACGCCAGUGAGUACUCCCCGACCGCCCUCGGCCGGACAUGGCUUUAGUCCAGCGGUCUGUCCUUCACCGUCGACACCAUAUCAACUAUCGUCACAUUCAGCCGCAAGUCUGCCUUCACCGCAGUCAAAUACAAGCCAACCAUCAUCCGCUGGUCCCGGUGGUGCAGGUGGCCCUUUUGGCUUUGGUUUUCCGGCUUUCGACACAAGUGAUAAAAAUAGCGAAAAGGAGCAUAUUAAUACCAGCGGCAACAGCAACACUAGCAUAGGUAGCAGCAAUCCCGGGCAACAGGGGGGUCAAAUUGUUGGUAGCGGUGGUGGAAAUUUACCAAAUGGUGGCCCCACAUUACUGACCACGGUUAGCAAUAUAGGACAGUCACUUGGACAGCCUACACCUCCACAGCCUGAGUCGGAGCGUUUGAGACAUUUGUUAACAAAUAAAUCACAUUCGAUGUCCUCAUCGAUACAUCCAGCCGACAGUGAUAAAGACCACAUAAAUAUGCGGCAUAAGUUUUACAAUCAGGGUCUACUGAAUUCCGAUGAUGAUAAGGAUGGUGGCGGCGCCGGCGGUAGCAACAGGGGUUCCUCCGGCAUGUUUAAAAUGGGCGCUGCGGGUAUAACGAGCGGCCGCCUUUUUGGUGGUGUCGCUAUGCCAAAAUCUACAAACUCCAGCAAUCCCAUGUUACUGUCGCUGCUUAAUGAGAAAUCAGAAGAUGACGAUGGAAAAAGUCGUCAAAGUGAAUUGAUGCGUCAGUUACAAAAAGACGAUUGCCAUUAUGGCCAAUCGCACAGUCAUGGUCAUGGACCGCAUCAUUCCAAAGACAUGUCGCAGGAAGAUUUGCUGAAAAGUUUGAAAUAUCAGGGCGAUCCUACAACACGCAAACGUUCGCUAAAUGAAUCGGACGACGGCAUAUCAGCAAAGCGAGAGAAUGAUCGGCCGUCCAAACUACGUGAAAACAAUAAAAUGCUCGCCUCACUGCUGGAGAAUCCACCAAAGAAUCCUAUAGUGACUGUACCCCCUCAGGUAAAGACUAUUCCAGACAUUGCUCCCACAGCAAGUCGCGUUAGCUCAUCUCUCGGUGGUAUUGGCGUCUCGGCGCCGAGUAACUUAGGCGGCAUGCCAUCAAAAAGCGCCUCAAUGACAACGACCUCAGCACCUAGUGCCAGCAGUACCACCAUUGGCGGUGGAAGGGGAACUGGUUUACGUAAACAAUUUCCCGAAGCCUACCUCACGCUGCAUCAACAGCAACAACAAUGUUUAAGCGGAAUUCAACGCACUCCGCAACAACCGCUAUCACAACAAUCUCAGGCGCAGAUGAACUUUUCAUCAACGGAAGCGUUCGGAACACCUCCACACCACACCACAGCUACCUCAGGCACGGCCAUUGUCACAGCGUCUGCAGCGAUAUCCCAACCGAACUCGCAAUCGGCGGCGUUGAGUGGCGCCGAUGGCGAUUCAGAACUGUCUAAAAUUUUAGACAGUGUUAUGGAUUACGUUUCAGACGAUGGCCCCUUUGUGUCGACACCAACUCCCACUGCCAUGGCCGGACUGACGCAACAGGAGAUUAACGAACGUAUGGCAAUCAAUGCAAUACAGAACUCAUUGAUGGUGGAAACAUCUCAACUGCAGCAGCAGCAUCAUCAACAGCAAUCGCAACCACCAGCCUAUCCUGGCAGUAUGAUGGGUAGCGGAGCUAGUGCUGGUUUGACCCAACAACAACAACAUCAACUACAGCUACAGCAACUGCAAUUAUUACACAGGCAGCAAGGAGCUUUUGGUGGGAGUCAACAGCCAUCGCAGGUUCAACAAAUGCUUGAGAUGUUACGAGCCAAUCCCAAUCAAGGCUUUCAACGACCACCACCAAUGUAUCCGACGGCGCGCAACCGAGGUCCUAUGAACGCAGUUACGACGCCUGGAGGCACUGUUCUGCCAGCGCAUCAACAAUACCGCAUCCGUCAACAACAGCAACAGCAAAAGGAAAGACUUCUCCAGCAACAACAGAAGCAACAGCUUUUGGUGCCAGAAAGUGCGACCGCGCGAACAGACCAGUUAUGUCUAAAUCCAAGCAUUAACAAUAUUGGAUCGCUGUUAAACAAUACUGUGGCACCAAAUGUCGCUUUGUCUCGCACCAACUUGCCACCUGAUUCGCAGCUGAGUCCUAGUUUCGCGCAGAGUUUACUUCAGCAACAACAGCAACUCAGCCCAGGACAGCGUACUGCCUCAUUCAGCCCCCAAGCAAAUGCUGGCUACGCGCAACAAUUUUCGCAGAGUGGGCCACGACUAUCGCCUCAUCAGCAACAACAGGUGAAUGUGCAACAACAUCAGCAGAUGGCUUUUCAGGUUGCCCAAGCGGCAAGUUCCAAUUUAACAAACCAGCUUUCGCCACGCCAAUCACCCUUCGGCGUUGGUCCAGGUGGAGGUACCGUACAAUCACCCAGUGGAAUGCCGAAUACGUCUUCACAACAGUGGACCCCUGGUGCAAAUGGUGUGGGUGCUCAAGGUCCGCAAAUAAGUGGGAAUGCGACAACACAACGUGGCCACACGCUUCAACAGCAUAAUCCAAUGCUGAGCGCUCAGCUCCAACAGGGUGUUAGCCCCUAUACGGCGCGCCCGUACCAAAGUCAACGGCGUGGCCUCCAUUCUCCCAGUGGCGGAGGGGUUCCUGGGAACACAGUAGGAAGCAGUGGGGUCAAUAUCGGUCUUCAGCGACAAAAUUCGUUUCAGAGUGGUGAAGCUGGCUCCCCAUCUCCACAAUCGCCUUAUGGUGGGCCCAGUGCCGGAGCUUUCCAACGCAUGCAACGGCAAAGCAGCGUACCACAAACUACCCAGCAUUUACCUG